AUGGCUUCGAAUACAAACUCUCAGCCGCAACAGCAGCAACCCGACUUCCAUACCGCCGCGAACGCGCAUAUCGACCACAUCAACUACACUACAAGCGAGAAUCAAUUGGCGGGCCUCGUCCAAGCAGCUACAGCAGCAGCAGGCCAGGCCGAUUCUUCCGACUGGGCAACGGCUGCUGCAGCCGCUGCUGCCGCAGGCCAUCACCAUCUCGAAAAUUACUCGUCGGACCUACAUUUACCAGAUGAUGGAUUUGAUGAGAGCGCUUUCGGAACCCUCGGCUCUCCUGCAGGUACCGGACGACAGAAUCGCGCAUCGAUAGCGAAUGGGCAGACUGCGCAGGGGUUGUCGCGCGCGGUCUCAAAAAAGCGCAAGAGAGGAGAUGAAGCACUCGAUCCGGCGUUGGCGGGGAUAGAGGACCAGAACGAGCAGCAUCAACAACAGACGCAGCAACAAGUGUUUGAUGGAAGUGAAUUCGGUGAGUUAGCACGGUCGCAAUCGCAGCUGACGGAUGCGCGGGCUGCUGGGGUUCAUUCUGCAGCUGCUCUGUUUAGACAGCCGUCCAACAAUAAGAAAUACACUCGGCCACCAAUGUCCCGGCUGUAUGCUUCGCUCGAACUAUCGCCGGAGAAUUUCUUGCACUUACAGGCGGCGGCAAAGAAUUACAUGUUGGAUGAUGCUCACCCCGAUCGACGGGACUGCGUGGGCCAGCGCGGAAAGGGCGAUACCGAAUUGGUCAAGUUGCGGUUGUGGAACUGCGUGCGCGACUUUCUCGAGACGGAAGGAUACGGUGAACGAUACUUUGGCGAAAAUGUUGUCAAUGAAGGAAUGCCUCCAAGACAGUAUAUCUGGCCGCGCGAUCAACACAAAAUCAUAUCGCUUGUCAUUCCGCUACUUCGUCGCAUGGUCACGAAUGAACGGCAGAGACAGUAUGCAAUUGAGACACGGAAGGGUGGUGCUGGUACUCAACCCGAUGACCGUAAGCGAAGAAAAACGGAAGAAAUCAUGCAGACUGCGGACUCUACAGAACAUACACCAGACCAGGGGGUGCAGCCACAACCACAACAUGAGCAGGGACAACCUUCAAUCCAGCAAAAUGAUCAUCAACACGACCAUCAGCAUGCACAAAGUCAUUACGUACCGCCGCCUCCUCCCAUACCGCACCAUGACUUUUCGGGUAAUGAACAACAACUGGGUAUAAACCUGUCGCCGCUUGUCCUGGAUGGAUAUCCAACGGAAUGGAAUGCAGUCUCGCAAACAUACAACAUGUACAACCAAAACUACCAGCUAGACACGUUAUGGGGAGUGUCUGGAUUGCAGCAACCGGACUGGUGGGGACUCGUUGCAGCGGUGGACAGCCAUUGGAAAGUGGUUCACGAUGGAAAUCCGACAGAUUGUGCACCGCAGUGUGAAGCUUACCAUCUGAAUCAAAUUUUGACAUCGAACGAGAUUUCUCAGCUCGAUUGGCGUAUUGGCGGUAGCGCCACUGCUCCAGCUCGAACUGAGUUUGCAAACUCUGUUACUCGCGACCUGGAUCGAAUUAUCAAAGAGAGCCUCAUCCACAAGCAAGAAACCGGCGGCAGAGAACCCGAGCAAGCCCAAACAACCGAACACGCCCCGUUCCUGUCGGCCAUGCACCAGCCUGCCUACGGUACAGUCACCAACCAAGACCAGCACGACACCUCGCCCAUUACCCUUCGCUUGAAUGUCAUCCACGACAGCAAACGCGUCGUGCCCCGUCUCGACGUUACAGCUGAACAAUGCCCCGAUCUCGCCAGCGUCCGUAGCCUGAUUGCGCACCGCUGGUCGGGUCAACUACCGGCAUCAACAUGCGACGAGAAUGGGAAUGUCGACACAUCAAGCUGGAAAAUCCAGGUGUGGUUGCCGGAAGGGCUGGUGACGGCGGACAACGACGGGGAAUGGACGAUCGCGCAGUUGUCGGCGGGGACGAUCGAUUGGAUGGACAAUGAUUUGAGUGUGGUUAUUGAUUUGGGUUCGUCGUGA